AUGUCAAAACUAUCAAUCUACCCCCAGCUAAGCGAUUUUACCAAUUUGGAAGAGCCACCAGAACCCAAAGAAUUUUUUCAAGACCUUUGUGGUUUCCCUACCUUUUCUGAAAUACAUCUCUCAAAUUCUCAAAGAUCAACAAAUUAUUGCGAUGCUUUGAGCCAUUCUAGGCAAAAAUUCCCAACGGUAUUUUCUAAAAUGACAUUGCGAGAGCUGAGGCAUGAUAUGUCCACAUUUUCUUUGCAGGAAAAGGAGCAGAUGAAUAUUUACGACGCCUACAAGGUGAUAGAUAUGGGCGACCAUGUUCUGUUUGAAACUUUGUGUUCAAAGCCAGGACCUUCCUUUGAAAAAUCGCACAUAAAUAAAUCACAAUUGAAGGCUGAAGCAAUUUUGGACGAACCGCCUAUAAUGAAUAUAGAGUUUCAGCCGUCUUCCUCUGCACAAAAUUCAAGCAUUUUCUUUUACGAAGACUACAAGAAAUUUAUUUAUCAACAACUAGACAUGUUUGGUUAG